CUGGUAGACGAUACCACGUCUUCGGGGACAUCCCUGGGUCAAUCCCAAGAGCUCUGCCACCAAAAAAACGGAAACUGAUGCCCACUGCUGCCCAUGUUGCGCGGUAUGAUGCUAUAGUGGCUGCGACCGUACCGGCGAGACUGCAAGGGCCCCAGCCCUCAACAUCGCGGGCAAGCCGUCGCCCUAGCCACUGGCGUCGCCCUCGCCCUCGUGGUUGCCCUGCCUAAGUCCUGGUUGCGUGUCUCCGCAACAAUCCGCCGCAUCGAGGAACACCGAAGGCAGAGAGACCGCAGCAGAAAGCAGCGAAAACCCGGCGCAACGGAUUAAAGAACUGGAAGGGGAGAUGGCACUCUAUAGGCGGCUCAACCGGGAGCUACAAUAAGACGUCAUCGCCAAAAUGCGAGGCAUUCAAAUGUCGACACCACCGCAAUGCCCGACCGCUGACCUCCUCAUUGGUGCAAGAAUUGGCGAUCAAGUAUAUACGCAUCCGUCAAUAUGGAACCCACAUUGGCACCACACAGUGGACAUAACCCAUCUUGGACAUGGUAUUUACGUCAGCACCUCGCUCGCCGAUGCUGCAAAGGCCAGGACACGAGAUUCCCAGUUCGCAAUAGAGUUAGCGGUCGCCGUUUUCGGGAUUGAGACAUUGCGGUGCUCGUAUGUUACGGGAACGGGUAGUCGGCGGACACAGGCACCUGCGAAACCGGCGCUGAACCCGACUAAGCUGUUGGCGAUACAAGGUUUCCUGAAUCAUCGUUAAGGGCUGUGCUACCGCGACGAGGCGACGAUAGCCACUACAAUUCGCAACGUAAAAAAUAUGGAUAGGGGAUAAAAUCCAGGAUUUGUGCCGAAUACCCCACCUGCGUCGUAGGAGACGCUCCCCCGGUAAUUACACACGCUAUAGUAGAAUUCUUUUAAGGUUGGCAAAGUGUUAUAAAACACUAGAAGUACUCCACGCAUGUACUCAACCGGAAAAGACCAGACAGGAUCAAAAUAUGGCAAGUGAAGUCAUGUAGUCGGACCUUUAACACCACGAAUAGGACGUCGAUCCUCAAUAUGGGUCGCCUUUGAACUUCUUCCAGGAUGCAACCGUAGUAGCCGUUAUACCGCAACAUGUUUUGAAUAAUCGGCCGAGCUACAGAGUCCACGAUGUAAGCAAACGGUAGGAACUUGUACAGUGUAUCUCCCACAUACACACCGUCCUGAAAUAGUCGGUUUGUCUGUUCUGCAAACGCCUCUAUAAUCGUACUCAUCAACGCAACAUCGGAUUCGUGGGUUCUUACCCACACCAGCCAAAACAGUAUUACGAAAACGAUCAAUUGGAGGCAAUUCAUUGAUUAUCAUUUCAAUAGGCCACAUCGAGCGCUUAGAUGAUGCGAAAACUGGUGCGCCAUCGAUGUUAAAAUUGUACGUAAAAUGGAAUUCGCACUGUCUUUUCAGUUCCCUGUACAUGCUACCAGAUGACACUAUGCAACACUAAAAAAUUCACAGAAAGUUCAGAUAAUGUUUGAGGUUGGGUCUACUCCAUAUACUAAAGAAAAAAAUGUUUUAUAGCCAUAUCACAUCACAUCACAAAACAUAGAUAACGGGUGUUUGGUUUUGUUACUUUUUGUCACACUUGAUUGCAGUUAGUCGCAAAAAUAUAGCUUUUAUGUAUCCAAACAUCAUCAGAACAGUUGCGGCGACUAUAGAUUUGUAAAAUGCCGCGCGCUUGUGUUAAUUCCCCAAAUAUUUUUUGUUAUAUUUGUGGUCAAUUUACUCCUAAAUGUGAAAAAAGACCUAUUUCACCGCAGCUUGCAACAUGUUACCAAGCUUAUUUCAAGACUCCUAUAAAAAAUGAAAACAAAUCGUGGGUCCCCCAAGUGUGUUGCUUGAAAUGUUAUAAAUACUUGACCGGUUGGUACAAGGGUACUGUAAAAGAAAUGCCCUUUGGUGUACCGAUGCAGUGGCGUGAGCCUAAAAACCACGUAGAUGACUGCUACUUCUGCUUAACAAAUGUAAAAGGUUUCAUCAAAAAAUCGAAAAAUUCAGUGGAAUAUGCCGAUGUAUCAUCUGUAUAUAUGCCGCUACCUCAUUCUUUCGAAAUUCCCGUACCGAAACUAUUUUCAAGAUCAUCAAGUUCUUCUACGGAAGAAGAUUGCGAAACUCCUCCCUUCUGGCGCUGAAGUCUUUAAAGAUCCAACUGUUGCAGAUACACCACAUUUAAUUAGUCAAGCAGAGUUAAACGACCUUGUUAGAGACUUAGAUUUAACCGAAGAAAAAUCUGAAAUGUUAGGAUCCAGAUUGAGACAGUGGGAUCUUUUACAGAGUGACGUUAAUACUACAGUUUACUGGAAUCAUCACAGUUCUUUAAUUCACUUCUUUUCUAAAGAGGAUAAUUUAGUUUUUUGUAAUAAUAUUAAUGAUUUAAUGUUGGCAUUGGGUCACCAUCAUUCGCCAGAAGAGUGGAGAUUGUUUAUUUCAACAGAUAUCGGUACACAGAGCGAGUGAUCCAUUAAUUAAGGAAGAUCUUCAUCAUCCUCCUCUUACCUGGACACUUGAUUAUAUUACUUUCAAUUCGCCGAAAUCAUUAACUUUUAAUGAUAAUUUGCGUUACAAUUACCGCAGAGCUGAUUUUCCGGGAUUAUAUAAUGAACUGUUGAACACUGACUGGAAUUUUUUACUUCAACUUACAGUUAUAAAUACAGCCUGCGCUGAUGUUUACGAUCGUCUUUAUUCAAUUUUUGAUCAUUUGUAACGAAGCGAAUUUUCGCGGGCCGGAAAUC